CGGUGCCUGCCGAAGCUGGGUCCACGCACGAGCCUGCAGACAGCAAGCUCUUCCAACUUUGGCCGACAUCACCAUCUCCACAUCUCCAUCUUCUCCUUGCUCACUCAAUCUUUCCCACGGGGCCCGCCAUGUCUUACUCUCCAGGCGCCCAUGGGCGCGACGAGGAAGCGGUCCCCAUGGUCAUCCGCGCCCGCUCUCCACAGCCCCCGACCGCCGAGGAGCUCGAACAGCAACAUGUCAAGCGAUAUGACGACUUCAGCACAGUUGAUUGGAUCCAGGACUCGCUGCGCGAGCGGCAUCCGCGCUCACAUCGCCAGCCCAGACCUGGGAGUCUGAGGGAUCGCCUGAAUAAUCUUGACGGCGCACCGGGGUGGCUAUGGCGCCUUCUCAUGCGCGCCCUGCGCGAAGGAGAGAGCUAUGUCAUCAUUACUUUGACUGGCAUCGGAAUCGGGCUGAGCGCUGCAUUAAUGUCAAUCAUGACGGCGUGGCUCGCCGAUCUCAAACUUGGGCGGUGCUCGACCGGCUGGUGGCUCAGCCGCAAGUUUUGCUGUCUCGAAGUAUCAGAUGAGGGCGAGAGCUGCGAGGAGUGGAACCGUUGGGGUCUGUUCCAGCCGUUCCCGUGGAUCGCUUAUGUCCUGUAUGCUGCUAUGUUCGCAUUCACAGCCGCAUACCUCGUCCGCAGCUUCGCACCAUAUGCCGCCGGCUCAGGUAUCUCCGAGAUCAAGUGCAUUCUUGGAGGGUUUAUCAUCAAAGGAUAUCUCGGGCUCGAGACGCUCAUCCUCAAGGCUAUGACUCUGCCACUCGCCAUCGGAUCCGGUCUUGCAGUUGGCAAAGAAGGUCCCUCCGUACAUGUUGCGUGCGCCGUUGGUAAUGUGGUCGCUCGACUAUUCCCACGAUAUCGUGACAGCCAGUUAAAAAUGCGCGAGAUCUUAACAGCAUCCAGCGCCGCUGGUGUUGCUGUUGCUUUCGGCUCCCCCAUUGGUGGUGUGCUCUUCUCUAUUGAGGAAAUGAACCAGGCAUUUUCCACAAGAACAAUGUGGCGCAGCUUCGUCUGCGCCUUGGUCGCGACUUUCACCCUUGCCUCAGUCGAUCCCUUCCGGACUGGCAAGCUUGUCUUGUUCCAGGUCUCGUACGACCGCGAUUGGCAUUACUUCGAGAUCCCAGCGUACAUCAUUAUCGGUAUCUUUGGGGGCUGCUACGGCGCGUUCGUGUCCAAGUUCAAUAUUCAAGUUGCCGCGUUCCGUCGGAGGCAUCUUGCCGCUCACGGCGUAGCCGAGGCUGUCAUUCUUGCGACUAUAACGGGUUUCAUCUCUUACCUUAAUCGCUUCCUGCGCAUCGAUAUGACGGAGAUGAUGUCCAUCCUCUUCCGAGAGUGCGAGGGCGGUGGCGACACCGAUGGUCUCUGCCAGGCCUCCUCACAAUGGAGCAACGUAAAUUCGCUUCUCAUAGCUACGAUCCUCCGCAUCGGAUUCAUCAUUGUCACGUACGGUGCCAAGGUGCCCGCCGGUAUCUUUGUACCGUCCAUGGCUGUAGGUGCGACUUUUGGCCGGAUGGUCGGCAUCAUCGUCAAGGCUAUACAGCAGUCGAACCCCAAGGCUCCGUGGUUUGCAGCAGCCUGUCUACCUGACCAGCCGUGCAUCACGCCGGGAACAUAUGCGUUCCUUGGCGCUGCGUCGACGCUUGGGGGCAUUACUGGCCUAACUGUCACUGUCGUUGUCAUCAUGUUCGAGCUUACCGGCGCGUUGACCUACAUCCUACCUACUAUGAUCGUCGUUCUCGUCACUAAAGCUGUCAGCGAUCAGAUUGGCAAGGGAGGCAUCGCAGACCAAAUGAUCCGCUUCAACGGCUACCCGUUCUUGGAGAAGGAAGACGCUGAAUCUGGCAAAUCUUUGCUUGAGCCCAUCUCCCACAUCAUGCGCAAGGACAUCGUCGUCAUGCCCUCUGAUGGGAUCUCACUUGCCGAGCUGAACGAGAUUGUUCAGAGCACCGACUACCAGGGCUACCCAGUGGUUCAGUCUUCCACGAAGCGCACAAUAAAGGGCUUCAUCCGGAAGAACGACCUGCGGUACGCGCUCGACCGCGCGAGGCGGAUCUACAAGCUUUCUCCCAAUGCUCUCUGCACCUUCUCGCAGUUUGUCGACGCGCGGGGUGACGAUUCAGGACUGCUGCCGCACCCCGACAUUGUGGUCCCCGAAGCCGCCUUCGGCUCAGAGGUGACCACCGUCGACUUUGGGCAGUAUGUUGACGAGAUUCCGCUCAACGUACCGCCUAAGAUGCCGCUCGAGAUCGUGCUUCAGCUCUUCCGCCGCAUGGGACCCCGCGUCAUCCUUGUCAACCACGAGGGUCAACUCGCUGGCAUGGUCACGAUCAAGGAUCUGCUGCGACACGAGGCGGGCGAGAAGGCUGCACAGGAGGUGGCUGCCGCCGCUGCGGCUAGUACGGGCCACCAGCGGGCAGGCUCGUGGGGGGAAUGGACGCCGACGCCGGACCCAGCCGGCCGGCAGCUCGAGGGCCUUCUCGAGGAUGGGCUGGUGUGGGCGCAGACGCGUGGAGUGGGCGUAGUCAACGAGGUGAUCUCGCGUGUGCGGAGCGCGCGACCUGGCAAUAUCCGUGUCAGUCGCGAUACGUAUGGGUUUGAGAUGAGUGACGAGGGAAGACGGAGCGGGUGAUCGUGUCGUAGAUUCUAGACAUGCAUGGCUGUAAU